AUGGGCUCUGUGUACCUGUGGAAGCUGUCCUCCCAGAAGCUGGGCUUCUUUCUGGUGAGCUUCGGCUUCAUCUGGGGCAUGAUGCUGCUGCACUUCACCAUCCAGCAGCGCGCCACGCACGAGAGCAGCACCGCCCUGCGGCAGCAGAUCCUGGACCUCAGCAAGCGCUACAUCAAGGCCCUGGCCGAGGAGAACCAGAACGUGAUGGACGGGCCCUACGUGGGGACCAUGACCGCUUAUGACCUGAAGAAGACGCUGGCCGUGCUCCUAGACAACAUCCUGCUGCGCCUGGGAAAGCUGGAGUCCAAGGUGGACAACAUCAUCUACAACGGCACGGGCGGCAACCUGACCAACGGCACGGGCAGCGGCACCACCGUGCCCAGCGCCGGCAACGCCGAGAAGGUCAACGUGGCAGAUCUGCUGAAUGGCGCCCAGGAGAAGUGUGAGCUGCCGCCACUGGACGGCUUUCCUCACUGCGAGGGCAAGCUGAGGUGGAUGAAGGAUAUGUGGCGGUCGGACUCCUGCUACACCAGCUACGGUGUUGACGGCUCCACCUGCUCCUUCUUCAUCUACCUGAGCGAGGUGGAGAACUGGUGCCCGCGCCUGCCAUGGAGAGCGAAGAACUUCAAAGAGGAGGCCGACAGGAAAGGCAAGACGGAGAUCCGGACCAGCUUUGACGAGCUGUACCGGGUCAUGUCCCGGCGGGAGGAGUUCCGCUGGAUGAUGCUGCGGAUCAAGCGCAUGGCGGAGCUGUGGGUCGGAGCCAUCAGGUCCCUGGCGUUGAAGCAGAACCUCGCGAAACGCAAGCGCAAGAAGAUCCUGGUGCACCUGGGCCUGCUGACCAAGGAGUCAGGGUUCAAGAUUGCAGAGAAUGCCUUCAGCGGGGGCCCCCUAGGAGAGCUGGUGCAGUGGAGUGACCUCAUCACCACACUCUACCUGUUGGGUCACGACAUCCGCAUCUCCGCCUCGCUAGCUGAGCUGAAAGAUAUCAUGAGGAGGGUCAUGGGGAACAAGUCCAGCUGCCCCACCCAGGGAGACAAAGUGGUAGAGCUCAUCUACAUUGACAUUGUGGGCCUGACCCAGUUCAAGAAGACACUUGGGCCUUCGUGGGUGCACUACCAGUGUAUGCUACGGGUGCUCGAUUCCUUUGGCACUGAACCCGAGUUCAACCACGCCCAUUAUGCCCAGUCAAAGGGCCACAAGACCCCUUGGGGCAAGUGGAACCUCAACCCCCAGCAGUUCAACACCAUGUUCCCUCACACACCGGACAACAGCUUCCUGGGCUUCGUGGUGGAACAGCACCUGAAUGCCAGCGACAUCCGACACAUUGAUGACAUCAAGAGGCAGAAUCAGUCUCUUGUGUAUGGCAAGGUGGACAACUUCUGGAAGGACAAGAAGAAGUACCUGGACAUCAUCCACAGCUACACAGAGGUCCACGGCACAGUGCACGGGACUAGUACAGUCCACCUGCCUGCCUACGUCAAGAACCACGGCAUUCUGAGCGGCCGGGACCUGCAGUUCCUGUUGAGGGAGACGAAGCUGUUUGUGGGGCUGUCUUUCCCCUACGAAGGCCCCGCCCCUCUGGAGGCCAUUGCUAAUGGCUGCGCCUUCCUCAACCCCAAGUUCAACCCCCCCAAGAGCAGCAAGAACACAGACUUCUUCAAAGGGAAGCCCACACUCCGAGAGCUUACCUCCCAGCACCCGUACGCAGAAGUGUACAUCGGCCAGCCUCACGUGUGGACAGUAAACAUCGACAACGCUGCAGAGGUGGACAGAGCGGUCCGAUCCAUCCUCAGCCAGAAGAUUGAGCCCUACCUGCCGUACGAGUUCACUUGCGAGGGGAUGCUUCAGAGGGUCAACGCUUUCAUCGAGAACCAGGACUUCUGCCACGGCCAGGUGAUGUGGCCCCCACUGAGCGCGCUCCAGGUGAAGCUGGCUGAGCCGGGGAGGUCCUGCAAGCAGGUGUGCCAGGAGGCGCAGCUGAUAUGUGAGCCCUCCUUCUUCCAGCACCUCAACAAGGACAAGGACCUGGCCAGGUUUGGAGUGGAGUGCCAGACGGCGGAGUCGUCGAGCGACACGGUGGUGCCGGCGUACAGCGAGGUGCGCAAGCACUGCAUAUUCCAGUCCGACUUGCUGCUCUUCAGCUGCGCGGGCGCUCACCCGUCCCUCAAGCGCGUCUGCCCCUGCCGGGACUACAUGAAGGGCCAGGUGGCGCUCUGCAAGGGCUGCCUAUAGCAUCAGCUACCCGCCGGCCCCCCGCCCCGCGCCGGAGAUGCGCCAGCCGAGACGGCCAGGCAGGACUCCUAACCCACCCCCGCUAACCCCCCAAACUGGCGCUUGUCCGGACCGGCUGGCUCUGAGGGCGAAGCCGUUGUUUCGCCCAUCUAUUCAGAAUGUUUGCAGUCAGAUCAGGCAGAUCCAGAAGACAGAAUGUAGGAGGAACUGAAGCCGAUCCAUCAGGAACAGACAGAAUUGGGGGGAAUGGUUUGGCCAAGCUAGGGGUACAUUCGGUAUAGCACAGCUACGCAGUUGGAGGAAGAUGUGUAUAGGAUUGAUGCUUGGCCGAGAGUAACUAUAUAUCUGCCUGAAAUACUUGAAUAAAAGAGUGGUGUGCAAUAGACUGGAACGCACAAGCACUCUCUAAAGCCCCCCAGGCUGCCUGGCAGUGGUACUACAGCACCGCGCUCUCCCCUGGCCUCGUCCUGAUUCCAGCUCACCGUGGGACCAGUCUGCCAGCACAGGUUCAGAACCAGAACUGCCCAGAUGCCCCGCAGCGGAUUUUACCACCAGAACACUGUUAAGGCUGUGGGUUCGAUCGCUGACUUAGGUCACUGAUCUGAGGUCAGGAAAGCGAAAGCUACGGGGUGUGAUUCCACCCUGCUCCUCCCACACACUGUAAAUGUAUUGCUCUCUGCUGCCUGUUAGUGGUCUGAUUGGCAGCCGGUUUUAGAUUCUCUUAGGAAGGCGCAAUCAGGCGUAGUGACAGCAUUUGUACAGUCACAAUGCCAUCACAGCUUUUGCAGUGCCCUGACCAUUGCACAUUAUUACUAACUCAUAUGCUAGCUUGGUAUCCUCUUUAGUAGAAAAGCUGUUGGCAAGCUCAACAACACUCACCCUCUUCCACAUCGAUCCAAUAACAAUCAGAUAAAAUGGGGCAUUACAGGAAAGAGGGAAGAAGUGUGUAGAACACUUUGUGGGGUUUCAUAUUAAGGGCGUGGCCUUGGUCAGAUAUCUUUUCACCGUUAUUCUCAAAGAAAAUCGCCAGGUCAGAGUGCUGAAAUCAAGCCCAGAUUCACGGAGGAAUCAGCCGUGCACCUGGUGCACUGGAAAUGUGUGAGCGAUUGAUGCUGUCUGAUGAAACAUGGGCUGACCUUUCAGCAAGCGGGACGUGACGAACCAGCUUUGCUGCAUAGUCUGAGAGAACUGAAUAGAAAAAAAAGUAUCAAACACAA